CAGGAUCACUACUUAUUUCUUCAUUCAUUAGAUUUCAACUUUCCUUUGCAUCUCAAAACACCAUUACAUGUCUCGUCGGCAAAGAAUAAACGUUGACUUUUUUGUUGUUCUCUUUCUUUGACCUAACUUCUUCGCAAUGAGUGAGAGAGGAGCAAUUCGUAGAUCCGGAGAAGAUUGGAUAAGCUUCUUACCUGAUCCUUUGCUGUGUCAAAUACUCUCCGAUCUUCCUACAAAGAAUGCUGUUACUACUAGUGUCUUGUCCAAGAAAUGGAGAACUCUCUGGCUUUCGAUUCCAAUCUUGGAUUUAGACAUCGAUGACUUCCCUGACUACACUACCUUCACCAGCGUCGUCUCCAGGUUUCUUGAUUUCUCCAAGGAGUCGUGCUUACACAAGCUCAAGCUUGCUUUCACAGACAUGAUGAUGAUGAUCCAACAUCUUGAAAUAGACUGUCGUAUGAGUUUCACGUGUGAGAUGAUCCCUCUAAGCCUUUACUUAUGCGAGACUUUGGUUUCAUUAAGACUCUAUUUCGUUGCGUUGCCUAGCUUCGAGUCUUUAUCUUUACCUAAUCUCAAGGUAAUGCAUAUGGAAGAGAAUCUAUACGCUGACGAUGAGGUUCUUCUGAAGCUCAUCUCGUCCUGCACUGUUCUUGAAUCUUUAACGGUCGUUAGAAACGUAGAUGAAACUGUAAAGGUUUUACGUGUUAGGUCCAAAACACUGAACAGUCUGAAACUCGUUCUUGAUAGUUCCAAGUCUUGGUAUAAUGAUGAUAGUGAUGAUUGGGAGGUUUUGGUUGAUGCUCCUAGACUUAACUAUCUGAGUCUUGAAGAUGACCAGUCCGCAAGUUUCGUAAUAAGCAAUGUGGCUUCAUCUGCGAAGGUAGAGAUUGAUGUAAGUUUCAAUGUGAAUGAUAUUUGGGAUAUGGAUGAAUCAAUUGAGAAGUUCAGUGCUGUUGGUAAAAUGCUUGACGGGCUCUCUAUUGCUAGGGACAUGACUAUAAGUGGAACAACCUUGAAGAUCAUCUCUCACUACAUGAGUUUUGAACUGGUUCCUUGUUUUCCCAACAUGAUCCGGUUACAAACAAAACUGUAUACGACUGAUAUGUUGCCAAAUUUUCUUGAGAGCUUUCCGAAUCUCCAAUCCCUUGUCUUGAAGCUGGAAGGUGUAAGAUAUUCGGAUACAAUGUGGUUCUCAUUCGUACCAAAGUGUUUGCAAACGAGCCUCGAGUAUGUUGAGAUGACAAGACCAAACUGUGGAGCUGGGAUUCAGAUGAUCAGGAAGCUAGUUAAGUACUUGCUUGAGAACUCUCUAGUCCUCAAGAAGUUUACGCUGCGGCUGGAGUGUGAUGGAAAAGAGCAAGAGUCUAACGUGGUCAAGGAACUCAUGGGAUUCAGGAGAUGUUCUAGUUCUUGUGUUAUUAAUGUUGUUAGACUUGAAGAUGAUGUUUGUAUUUUUCAACACCCUUACUAG